AUGCAGUCUAAUGAUGAACGAGAUCUUGGCCCAUUACACUUUCCCCGACUCGUGGUCAACGGGGUGCCCGAGGAGGCGGACUGGUCCGUGACGCGAAUGACCAAGAACGCGCAGAGCAAGCAAGGCAUCGAGAACCCGACCAUGGCGGACAUCCGCUGCUACCAGGCGCAGAACGCGCCCAACGUGGCGACGGUCGCGGCCGGUUCGACGAUCCACUACAUCUCGACGCAGCAGGUCAACCACCCCGGACCGACGCAGUACUACCUCGCCAAGGUGCCGGCGGGCCAGUCGGCCAAGACGUGGGACGGCUCCGGCGCGGUGUGGUUCAAGUUCCACACGGAGAUGCCCAUGAUUGCCAACAGCCAGCUCACUUGGCCCGGCCAGAAUGAAUACGUGACAACCAACGCGACCAUCCCCGACAGCAUCCCCUCGGGAGAGUACCUCCUCCGCGUCGAGCACAUCGCCCUCCACAUGGCCAUGCAGCCUAACAAGGCGCAGUUCUACCUCUCGUGCUCGCAGAUUGAAAUCACGGGUGGAGGUAGCGCGUCCCCGGCCCCUCUAGUGGCCUUCCCCGGCGCGUACUCGUCCAACGACCCGGGCAUCCUCGUCAACCUCGGAUCUGUCGGCCCUGAUUCUUACCAGCCUCCGGGCCCCGCUGUCUGGCAGGCGUAG